AUGGGCUGUAAACACUCCAAGGACGUGAUGCUCGUUCAUCGUGCGAGUAGUGUUGCAGUGCCCUUACGACCCGCAACGCCAGCCUUUGACGUUCCGAGCACGAAGCUUUGGGCCCCUACUAGCGGUUCUCAGACUAACGAGUAUAUUGAAGAAUUGCCAUCUUUCGUCGUCUCGGACAGCGCCGACUUGGUUGGCAGUUCCGAUGGUGAACCGGUGCAUGGAAUGAUGAGCGCCUUCACCUUUUCGUUUAUUCAAGCGUCCGAGACCAGCAGCACCCACUCCAGUCUAAACGACAACUUGUUCACGUCCGUUGAAGAGACAUCACCCGUGCCGCCCGAAUCGCUCACGUUCGCCAUGACUGGUGACCUGAUUGAGUUGAUGGUGAUCCCGGAAGAACGGACUAGAUUGAGUCACGAUGUCGAAGCUUCGAGCAGCACACAGCAGGAAAGUGCGACACUGACUAUGAGCGACAGCGGCAUGAUGGAACCCGAGGGGAAGACGUCAUCAUCGCUAUCUUCGUCGACGCACGUUGGUGAGAGCAGUGCAGUGAGUGAAUCAACAAUGACGGAAUCGAGCGAAUUCGAGCUGAAUACGUCUGGCUUCAGCCACCGCAGCCACGACAGCAGCCACAAUCACAUCGACACAGGACGAUCUGUAGCUUUGUCGGAAUUCAGUGAGGGUGGCGAGUACAUUGUCACGGAGACGGGAGCUAUUGUCCGUGAUAAGUCUUCAGCUGAACUCGUCUCAAAAAAUUGCAAUGGCGACGAUGUCAUUGAAUACCAAUUGAUCAAAGAGGUUGCUGCUGCGAUCGUGCAGAAGGUGAUUGAUGCUGUCUUAUCCAACAUGACGGAAGCACUAGCUGAGAAUGAUCAACUGCAGCCACAAAGCGGCAGAACUCUUGUUGCAAGCAGCAGUCUUCUUGUUGAACCGUCGAAUACGAACACGUCCUAUUCGAGCAUGAAGACGCAAGAAACGGAGAAUGCACAACUACUUAGCUUCCACGCACCAAUCUACGCUAUUGUGGAUACUUCGAUGGACAAUGGUGUCGUGAUGUAUCACGUGCAGCUCAUAGACGAGGUGAAAGACAAUGCCAAAUGGCCGACAUCGUUUCGGUGCCGCUAUUCUAGCUUUAUCGAGAUGUACACAAAGUUGAAGGAGAUCAAGGUGCCCGCUUCCGACAAGCUGCCAGAAUUGUAUCGAGCUGGCAUUGUGCACUUUGUACGAGGUCGACAGAGUAAAAGAACGAUCGAGGAGCGCCAGGAGCAGUUUUCCAACGUGCUACGAUAUAUUGCUGAACAUCGGGGACUGUACGAAAGCGCCGUGUUUCAGAGCUUCCUGACCAAGUGA